AUGUCGUUCAAGAACGAAAGUCAGGUCGUUUGGUUUGUGACUGAAUGCCACCGUUGUGAGCUCUUAAAAUUUAACUUCUUCCUCGACCGCGCAGAACAGAAGAGAAGGAAGGAAGGAUAUGCUUGUAAACAAACUUUUGAAGGGAUGCAGAGUCAACGACACCGUUUUGUAGAUUCUUUACACUGUUCAUGUAUAAUAAUAGUGACUGCUGUCGUAAUACAAGUAGUUUGCGUUGUAUCGGUUGCUGUUCCGAGCUCUAACUGUUACGCUCUCGAUUAUUCUAGUCGACUUGUUGAUUUUGACACGGACGUAGUAGUUCGAUUUUGCAAAGAUGUGGAGGCUAGAUCCCAAAUGGUAGUCUGUAAAACCAUGUUCUCAAGUAUUUUAUCAUCUUCCUACUUCAUUAGAGUUGAUACUCGACAGUAUAUAAGGAUAUGUGGAUUUUGGCCGAUUGUUGGUGGAUACGUGGAUUUUGGCCGAUUUAAUAAUUUCAACCACUUCGUUGCUGGCUCAGGACGUGUCAAUUUUGUUCAAGCGACAUCAAAUUUGUCAGAUAAGAAGUAUCUUAGAAUCCUUAGGGUCUUUGUUGAACUUGCAAUUCCAUGCGAGAAACCUGGUCCUCGGGUAUUUGAGGGCUUCACUGUUGGAUUUCAUCCACAAUCACGGGAAAUUGUUUACAAUGGAAUGACUCAGCCGGGCUUUGAAAAGUCACACCAGGAUUUUAGCUUAACAACUGAACAAACUCAAGUAACCCUUUAUAUGACUGCAAUUGCUUCCCUUUCCACUUUGGUGCGAAAGCCUAUUAUUAAGGUUCUUCCAGAGAAAGGCCUGAAGGUUAGGUUGUCAGGUUCAGGGGCGACUGGAAGUCCUCCUACAACCUUGACACCUACAUUGUUAAAUGUUGAAUGGAUAUGUCUGGAGGCUCGUAAUACACCAUAUGAAGUUAAUUUCACAAUACCAAUUGAGGGUUACGAGCCCAUUCAGUUUUUCCUUACCAAAAUUUGCGAACAUAGGCAGGAUCAAAGAGAAGAUUCUACUAGAGGAUGGGCCAUAUUCGGAAUCAUAUCUUGCAUGCAAGUGGAGGAAGUUAUGGCUAUUCACGACCAGAAGACAAUAGCAGUGGCUAUGCUAGCGAAGCUUCGUGGGAACGGCCAACAGCUUCAGCGCAGGGAACAUGGAAGCAAACUGAACGAAAAUAUGGUUCAAUUUAAGGCUUGUAUGACUCAGCUUCAGUCGGGGAAUAUGGAGACCAAGCAAUAG